CAACACUCGACGAGUAUGGGCAAACGAAAGCACCCGUCAGCUGAAGGCGCACCACCAGCCAAAAAAGCACGUCGAGCCAAGGUUUUGAAGUCCGACCCAGACGAUUCAGUAAUGGAGUUCAAGAAACGGAAGCAAACUGCGGUAGUAAUGGUGGAUUUAGAUGACGACGAGCCCCAGAUACCGAAACAGAAGCAUCAGCGCGAGACAAAUGUGAAAAAAAAGACAGCCAAUGUGCAAGAUAGCGAUAGUGAAGACGCUACCAGACUGGAGAAGCAAACGAUUAUGGUCGACUCGGAUUCCGACGAAGAACUGUUGCCGAGAAGGAGAAAACGACUCAUGAGGGGCUCUUCGCCAGUGGAAGAGGAAGAUGAGGCUGCUAAGCCCAGUAAGGGCAGGCUCAGACGGAAAAAUGACGAUGCAGACAAGUACAAACUGGAUUCAGACGACGAGGACCUCGAACUCCCAGAAGCACCAUCUUCUACUUCAAAACCGACCAAACGGCAAGUCCUGGCAGGAGCGCUUGAGAAAUAUGCACGCGCACGAAAACAUCGGUCUUCGCCUGCUCCAAUUCCCUCUGACGCGGUCAACGACGAACCGGAGCUCGACUUUGACCCCAUUCCAGAGGUGGAUCCAGAUGAGGAAAAUGAAGCGGAACAAAAUGAGGACGAUGACGACGGUGAAGAUUUCAUAGUCGAGGAGGGAGAGGAUGAAGACGCGAAAGCUGCUCUGGAUCGGAUGCGAUAUACCAGCCGUGAUCUCGAAGAAAACUUUGGCAUCUUCGUUGAGUACAUGGUAUUGCUACACGACGACCCCAAAUGGCGGGAAACAGCUUCAGAAGACGACAAGGAAUACUACCAAACAGCUGUGGCAGCCCUCCGAAAGACCAUUGAGCCUCUCUCUGAUACUUUGGUUCAUACGACGUGGAAAGCGCCGUUCAUCGCCACCCUGCAACUGCGGCCUUCUCUUCAGGACGGAACUUCAUGUGACAGUACAGGGAAUUGCCAUGCAUGUUGGACGCGUGGGAUGUACUCGUGUGACGUCAGUGGGUCCUAUGAGCUCUCAACACGCAAGGGGACAUACGAUCCAGACACUUUCCAGAAAAAGAAAGAACGUGGAAUCAAAUACGGAACACGCACUUCCUUCGAGAACAAUGCCGAAGCAAGGAACUUGCCCUAUCCUCCGCAAUUCAAGCUCUUCAUCGGCGCUCGCUGUUUCAGACGGGCGACAGCUUAUCACGAAGUUCGACAUUAUCUCUAUAACAUCUCCGUUCGCGUCAAGGAAAAAAUCGAGGAGCUGUGUGCGGAGAACUCGGAGCUGGAGAAUGACGUGCGCGCUCAGAUGGAAGCGUUUAAAGAGCAAGGUUACAUUGAUCAGCUGUGGGGUGUCUUCAAAUUCGACAAGAAACGGUGGUCCUCGAUGGCCAAUAGAAAGGACCCAGAUGUCUGGUCGUAA